UGUGGUAUGGACAAAGGAGAUAUUGUUGUGAAUGACCCUGAUGACGAAACCAGGCCGCAACCGCGGAACAUCAUCCGUCGCCGCACCCAAAGUAGUGAUCAUCGCACUUCUGUUCAGGGACCUCAGCAGGACACUCAAUCAUAUUUGCAUUGCAACUUGGCGAAUCAUUUUGCUCGCUCGGGACAGCACGCACGUCAAGCCAAGAGCUCCAGCUGAAGCUCUGAGGAUUCAGUUACCCAUUCUCGACGCUGGGCUUCUGCUGCCCCGGACUUUUGACGGAGGCUGCACAAGGUCACAUCUCGCCUAGACAGACUCCGAGUGCAACUUGCGAAUACGAACGAUGGACCAUACCGUCGUGCGUCAAUGGCUACACUCUGUGCUCGGGAAGUAUUCCCUCUCGGAUCGAGUCUUUACGCAUGUCGACGCACUACUACUGGCAUAUAGCAGUCUCACUCCCAGGACGGAGGUAUAUACAUACGACGAUGGUCGCACUGCCCUGCUUUUACGUAUUUCAGGAACAAUUCCGAUUUCAUACCGGUCCUCGACAUACCACAUUCCAAUCGCAAUGUGGCUUCCGCAUGCUUACCCUCGCGAACCUCCUCUCGCAUACGUCGAGCCCGUCAAAGGCAUGGCGAUACGCAAAGGUCACAAGCACGUCCAACUGGAUGGGUACGUCGUGACUCCGGCGAGGGAAUUCGAAGAGGAAAGACAUAAGAGCUACCUCAGGCGAUGGGAGCGCAAGUGGGAAGCAUGCAACUUAGUAGAGCUGGUGCAAUUCCUGCAGAGUGUCUUUGGGCAUGAGCCGCCUGUCUAUUCGGCUGCCAAUGGCAGUGGAAGCGCGAGUGCCACGGCCGGCUCGAGCAGGCAAGAUGCCGAAUUCGAGCGCGGGUCAACAAGUAUAAAUGGAAUAUCAGGUUUAGGGCACCGACCUCCACCAGCGCCUCCAGGUGCAUUAGGACUGUCUUCUUCAUCGGCGGCCCGUGACCCGCCGAACCGUCCGCCAAAGCCAAGGCAACCGGCAGAUGUGUUGGGUCGCUCAUCCAGUCUCCGCAGUUCGUCCUCUGGUAGCGCCUAUUCACCUUCUGGUCCCACCCGGAUGGGUGUCUCAGAGCAGGCGUCGCCAGGUUUGAGUCAUGCGAAAGUGACGCAUCAGGCUUGGCAAUCAUCCAUAACGCAUCUGAUGGCGGGCAGUUCCCAGCAUCUUCACCCUCAUCAGCAACAGCAAUCUGUCACCUUACCCUCUCAUGUUCUUCACAACGCACCUCAGUAUUAUUCCAAUCAGCACCAUCAGUUUUCUCCUAACCACUCUCAAGACCGAGGGGCCUCGCGUCGAGGGUGGAGCAUGCCCCCUCCCGCCCGGGAAAGGUCGGUUGACUCUUCUAUGGGGUACUCGCCACUAUCUCCGCCAGCUCAGCCGCCUUUAUUUGCAUUGUCGCAUCAUCCGCACGCUUCGACGCAACAGACAAACCCUAGUCAAGCCUUCCUUGCUCAGCCUACCUCGCCCCCACGACCACCGAGCAUGGGCCAUCCUUACGGCAUGCCGACUUCGUCAUCGCUCAACUUGUCUCUUUCUGCCGCCGCUCCGCCGCAUCUACCCCAAGGCAGCAACUUUGCGCCACAACUCCCUCCUAGCAAGCCCCCUCUGCCGCGGGAUCUUUUAGGUGUAGAAGACGACACGGAAGCGUCUGCAUCUGUGCAAUCGUACCCCUCUUCUUCAGGAGCACCCGGCGAGCCGCCUCCUAUUCUCCCUCCAAAUCCUGAGAUCCUUUCAUUACACAAUGCCCUGCAUCAAAAGUUAAGCGCGCGCGUCUCUUCCAUCUCGGCCCACUUCGCGCAGCAAUCGCAGCGCAUGGCUGUCCUCUCCUCCGAUCUUGACAGAGGCGAGGCGGCUAUCCAUGAUGAGAUCGCGCGGCUCGAGGCGGUCAAGGAGGUCUGUAAAGGGCGAGCAGAGCGGAUGGCAGCUUUUGUAGAGGAAGCAAGACAGGGCUUGCAAGCCAUGGAGGCCAAAGUCGAGGAUGAACUCGAACAGCCAGGUUCCGGAAAUGACUGGAUUUGUGCGACGAGCAUCGUCGGAAAUCAACUGAUCGAUCUUGUGGCUGAAGACAAUGCGAUUGAGGAUACGCUCUAUCACCUUGGACGCGCGUUGAAUAGCGAGCGCAUCACUCUCGAUGCUUUCCUCAAGCAGACACGCUUCCUCGCGCGAGAACAAUUCAUGCGUCGAGCGUUGGCCAUCCGCAUCUGUAAUUCUGUUGGCUGGAACUAAGGAGAAUGAAUCUUCUUUGCGUUGAUUGCGCAUGUUC